GCUGCUGCAGUCGAGGCUGGCGCUGCCCAUCGCCUACCCGUUCAACUCCGCCAUGCUGCGGGAGGGCAGCGGUAACGUGGGCGCGCUGAACCCGAAGGACUGGAAGGACUCCGAGAUCCAGCGGGGGCUGGCGCACGUGACGCCGAUCGUCACGGGCAUGGCGAAGGUCGCGCCGCUGCUGAAGGCGGCGCAGGCGCUCGCACACGUCCGGGGCGGGGGCACGCGGCACGUUGCGCAGGACCCUGCCGAGGCCAGCGAGGAGACGGAUAUCCGCAUCGACCACAUGCGCCCCCAGCGCCUCUUCGGGUCGGGCUACGGCCGCGGGCCCGGCACGAAGAACACCAAGACGGGCAAGGGCUACGGGUGGGACGAUGUGUGCAGCGGCACCAACGUGGACUCGCCGAUGAACCGCAUGACGGUGGACCCAUGGGAUGACACGCCAGAGCUGCACAGGCUGAAGGGCAGAAAGUUCGUGUCGAAGACCAAGUGGGACAAGAACAAGAGUGGAUCGCAAUGAUGGCCGCCUGCAUUCGUCGGAGCGUGGCGGUGGCGGAGGCUCG